CUUUUUGCUCAGCACCUUGCUCUCUUCAAAAGGCCCCCAAGGUCCCGCCUGCCCUUUUCCUGGUUUCCUCAAUUAAUACACAUCCUCCAAAAAUGUCGCCAGCACCAACAUCAGGCAAGGACUCUGGCACUGCCAGGAUUCUGGGUUCCGGGACUUCAGGUAUUGCUGAGCUGCUCAUUUUCCACCCCGUGGACACCGUGGCGAAGCGUCUGAUGAGCAACAAGUCCAAGGUCACGUUCGCAAACUUGUCGCCCAUCAUCUUCCGAGACGCCGCCACUGCACCCCUCGGCAAGAGGAUUCUGUCUCUGUUCCCUGGUCUCGGAUAUGCCGCAGGUUACAAGGUCGCCCAGCGAGUGUACAAGUUUGGUGGUCAACCCUGGUUCAACGACUUGAUCAACAAGCAUUACAAGACGCAGUUCACCAAUACCUUUGGAGAGAGGAAGGGCAAGAUGAUGAUGCAGGCUGCUGCUGGAAGUUUGACCGGUAUCGGUGAAGUCGUCCUCCUCCCGCUCGACGUCCUCAAAAUCAAGCGACAAGUGAACCCGGAGGCCUUCCGCGGCCGCGGCGUGCUCCGCAUCUUCGCAGAGGAGGGUACGGCGCUCUACCGCGGCUGGGGCUGGACGAUGGCCCGAAACGCGCCCGGGAGCUUCGCGCUCUUCGGUGCUUCGGCCGCGACCAAAGAAUACGUCCUUGGCGUCGAGGACUACUCCAAGGCCACUUGGGGCCAAAACUUUAUUGCAUCCGUCGCGGGUGCGGUUGCCUCGAUCACCGUCGCUGCACCGCUGGAUGUUGUCAAGACCAGGAUUCAGAACGCCAAUUUUGAUAGAAAGGUUAGCGGCGUCACGGUGGUGAAGGAGUUGAUCAAGAAUGAGGGCCCGACGGCGUUCUUUAAGGGUUUGACGCCCAAGAUCCUUGUUGUUGGACCUAAGCUCGUCUUCUCGUACACCCUCGCCCAAUCGCUCAUCCCCCUCUUUGGCAAAUACGUAUAA